ACUCUCUCUCUCUCUGGGAAAUAUCAAUCGACUUCUUCGCGAGCUCAUUCUGGUGCGAUCUCUCUCUCUCUUUUCUUAUCUGCGAGCGUUUUCACUGUGAGACUUUUGGCGGGAAAAUGUCGGGGAAAGGUGCUAAGGGUUUGAUUAUGGGGAAACCCAGCGGCAGCGACAAGGAUAAGGAUAAGAAGAAGCCUAUCACUCGUUCUUCUCGAGCUGGUCUUCAGUUCCCUGUGGGCAGGGUGCAUCGUCUGUUGAAGACUAGGUCCACUGCUCAUGGAAGGGUUGGAGCGACUGCAGCUGUUUACACAGCAGCGAUAUUGGAGUAUCUGACUGCAGAAGUUUUGGAGCUGGCUGGUAACGCGAGCAAGGAUCUGAAGGUGAAACGUAUCUCGCCGAGGCACUUGCAGCUUGCGAUUCGUGGAGAUGAAGAGCUCGAUACUCUCAUCAAAGGAACUAUAGCUGGUGGUGGAGUCAUCCCUCACAUCCACAAGUCUCUCAUCAACAAAUCCGCCAAGGAAUAGAUGUUUAGUUACCGCAUAUGUCAUGUUUCCCUUUUCUUGUUUCUAAGUAUUUCGAGAGUCGUGUUUGAUAAGACGCUAGAGAGCUCUUUUAGGAUCGUUUGCUAUUGUUCAAUCGGCGUACUUUGUGUUAGAGACGUGAGUCGAUUUAUCCAUCUUUAAACAUGUAUUCGAAUGAUUCUCUAAAACCCAUUUCUGACUA